AUGCCUGAUAUUGUUCCAGAGGAUGAUCCAAUCGACGGUGUUCUGUAUAAUCCUCCAGUCACUGUCACGAACGUAGCUGUCUUGGACAAUCCUGCACCGUUUCUCCAUCCAUUUCAGUUCUCUAUCGCAUUCGAGUGCUACGCUACUGUUCAACAUGAUCUAGAAUGGAGAGUCAUUUAUGUAGGAUUUCCUGAAAAUGACGGUGCUGACCAGUGCUUAGAGAAUGUUGUUUUUGAAGGGCCUAUUCCAGUUGGGAUUUACAAAUUCAUUUUGGAGGCUAAAGCUCCUGAUCCGAAUCUGAUUCCUGAAGUAGAUAAGAUUGGCUCUUCCGCGAUAAUCCUGCAGUGUUCCUAUCAACGCCAGAUCUUUUAUCAUCGCGGCUACUUCUUGAACAAUGAAUAUGAUGAUGAAAAGCUAAUAAAGGAUCCUCCUGUCACUGUGAAAGUUGAUCAGCUCCGAAGAGAUAUACUAACUGAUCUUGCUGUCGUCAUAUAUGCUCCUAUCAAAUUGAAUGGGAUCGAUUGA